AUGCAUUCCAUUUUGACUCACUGCCAUAUUUUGCAAUGUGGUAGUCAUUUUGGAGGUGCUAGAACAGCUGCAAAGGUUCUUCAGUGUGGGUUUUUCUGGCCAACUUUGUUUAAAGAUGCUCAUGAGUUCGUGAAGUCAUGUGAUCGCUGUCAGAGAACUAGAAAUAUUUCAAGAAGGAACGAGAUUCCUUUGACUGGCAUUCUAGAAGUGGAGUUGUUCGAUGUGUGGGGAAUAGACUUUAUGGGCCCAUUCCCUUCAUCUUACAACAACCUGUACAUACUGGUAGCUGUGGACUAUGUCUCUAAAUGGGUGGAACCAGCUGCAACUCAUGAAAAUGACGGUAAAACAUUUGAGGCUUUUCUUGCAAGAUAUGGAGUUAGACACCAAACUGCGUUGCCUUACCAUCCACAAAGUAAUGGGCAAGACGAAAUUUCCAACCGAGAGGUAAAGAGUAUUUUGGAGAAAAUGGUGCAACGGUCCAAGAAGGAUUGGUCUAAGAAACUGGAUGAUGCAUUAUGGGCAUAUAGGACAGCUUUUAAGACACCUAUUGGCAUGUUUCCAUACAGGUUGGUUUUUGGUAAAACGUGUCAUCUACUAGUGGGGCUUGAGCAUCGAGCAUUUUGGGCCAUGAAAACUCUGAAUAUGGACAUGGAAGCAGUGAGAGAGAAAAGAUUGCUGCAGUUGAAUGAGCUAGAGGAGCUUAAGAAUGAGGUAUAUGAGAAUGCCAAAAUUUACAAGGAACAGACUAAGUUGUGGCAUGACAAGAACUUGGUUCAAACUGAAUUUCAACCCGGAAAGCUAAAAUCGAGGUGGUCCAGAUCUUACACUGUCGUUAAAGUGUUCCCUUAUGGCUCAGUUGAGGUAACUAGUGAGAAGACCAGUAAUUUUAAGGUUAAUGGGCAAAGAUUGAAGCCCUACUUGGGUGGUCAUUUUGAUCAGGUCAAGUCCGUCAUCCUCUUGACGUCACAAUGA